UAUCGCGCGCAGGAGCUGAGCUAUAACCGACAUCAUGGCGUGGCCCUGCAUCACCAGGGCGUGCUGUAUGGCCCGCUUCUGGAACCAGCUGGACAAGGGGGACAUUUCUGUGCCAUUGGUUUUCACCAGGUACGAUGUCUCGGAGAUGCAGCAUCUUAAGCUGCAGCACCAACAAAAACAGCCGCAUAACCAGGCACAAGCGAGCGCAGUCGCCAUAGAAACGCAACCCAUUCACAGCGACCAGGCGGUAGCGGCUCGUGCGAACUACGGUAUCGCUGCGUCUGGGGAGCGCGCGUGUGGUUCUGUAAUGCGGCAAGACUUUAAGCACUGGAAAGUGCGCCCUGAACCAUCAUGUAAACCUAAGAAUGAAUAUCACACUCCCGAGAUCCCUUUUAAUAACAAGACACAAUAUCAGAAGGAUUUCCAGCCGUGGCCCAUUCCUAAAAGGAGUGACCAUCCUUGGAUUCCCAGACCCAAUCCCUCCAUCUCCAUCGGCGAUGAUCGCGUCCAGGAUAGGUCCAAACACGCGGAGGUUGACAUCGGUGUGGAGAAAUGCGAAAUUGCUGACAAAUUGCAAGAAAAGGAAAUCCUGGGAGGGAGUAAAAAGAAGCAACCUGCAGAGAAGGAGGGUGAAAAGAAAGUUAGCAUCAAAGUGGAGCGAGAAGACGCGGCAGGGGCCAGAGGCAGGGCGGCGCUAGAUGCGCUAAACAGGCAGUUAAAACAGGAAGUUACUGUUGGCAGCUCAUACAAGACGGAGUUCAAAGCCCACAGGGAUGUGAAGCCAGUGAAGCUGAUCCGAGCCAAGUCCCAGUACCUUCCCCCUGAGGAGAAGACCAGCCUGGAGACCAGCUAUAGCGCCACCUACAGGGGAGAGCAGGGCAAACAGCAGCCCAACGACAACAAGGCUGUGGACAGGAGGAGGAUACGCAGCCUGUACAAUGAGCCCUACAAAGGGCUACAAGAGACCAAGGUUAAGAGGUCUAACAGUGCUCCCCGAUCCAAACCCAAAAAGGCUGGCACCACGGUAGCUAGUCAGGGCGGCAAACCUGUCAAGAAGGCCAAAGAGCAGAAGCAGCCGGGCAGCACAGCACUGCGGGGCACCAAGAAGACGACCUCUGAGAACCAGCCCACUGAGUCCAGGCCUGCGGAGGGGGACAAGGAGAAAAAGAGCUUAAUGACGAGGUUCUCCGACCCGGUGAUCAUCAUUCCCAGGGUGCCGUUGGAGGAGAACCAGAAGCACUGGAGGAAAGACCCGAACCACGGAGGAGCGGCGUAG